UGCUAAAUUCUUCACUCUUGCAACCAUGCCAAGCUCCCCUGUGCCCUGGGAGAUGAGGAGGAGUCAGACAGUACCCUAAGGGUUCAGGUGCUUAGGUUGACUAAGAGGGAAGACUUUUGGAAAGGUCACUUUCAGCUGAGAGAAGAAGGAAGGCUUCAUGAAGGGAGAAGCAUCUAAACUGGGCUUUGAAGAUAGGGAUAAAGAGAUAAUGCUUUAUAGGAAUAGAGUUUGGUCCAUGCAAAUAUACAGAGGCAAGAGAAUGUGAAGUAGGAUGUCUACAAUGUCUUGGGAUGCUAGGAUAUCAGAGACAAAGAAAAAGCCUUUUCUCCUUCCUCUGCUUCCUUUUAAACCCACAACUAUUAUAUUUAGGAUUGUUCAUAAUUUGAGAUUUAUAGGGAAUGCAAUUUCUGCUCCAAGGGAGAGAAUAAGGAAGUUGUUUGGAUGCCAUCUUUCCUUUAAGCUAUAGAUAGCCAGACCAAAGCUCCUUAAUUGAGAAACUGCAUACUUUCCAUAAAGGAUAGACUUCUCCCUCCCCCCUCCUCUCCAGAGAUUUAGUGCAAAUCCCCCUGAGAGGUUAUUUAACACUAGCCCUGUUUAGCAACAUCCCCCUGCAAAGCCUGCCAACUGACCAUCAGGCAUAACCGUACCGGCCCUCUGCCCAUCCUUCUACACCUUCUUAUUUUCCUCGGGGAGCAUCCCACUGUCCCAGAGCCAUGGUUGACAUGGGUGGUCUGGACAACCUUAUUGCCAAUACAGCCUAUCUCCAAGCCCGCAACACAGGAGAUGGAGACACCAAGGAGAUGCAGAAGCGGCGACGCAGCCUGGCACUGCCAACCCCCGAGAAUUGUACGGAACUGCGUCAGGUCUUGCCCCCUCACUUUGAGACUUUGUGUGAGCAGCAGCCCAUCGGCCGCCGUCUCUUCCAUGACUUUCUGGCCACGGUGCCCAGCUACAAAGAGGCUGUGGACUUCCUGGGUGAGGUGUCUACCUGGGAACUGGCUGAAGAGGAUGGUACCAAGGACAGCACUCUGAAGAAGCUGGUGAAUGCUUGUGCGCAGGCCAGCGCCCCAACGGGGCAGCUCCCCUUCCUCAGCCCUGCCCUGGCCACCAGGUGCCAGGUGGCCUCUGAGAAGGAGCACGCAUCCUUGGUGGGGCUGGCCAAGGCAGAGACGAUGGCCUUCCUUCAGAAUCAGCCCUUCCAGGACUUCCAAGCUAGCCCCUUCUUUGACAAGUUUUUGCAGUGGAAAGCCUUUGAACAGCAGCCAAUAACAGAAAAAUACUUCUAUGAGUUCCGAGUGCUGGGGAAGGGGGGCUUUGGGGAGGUGUGUGCCGUCCAAGUGAAAAAUACUGGCAAGAUGUAUGCUUGUAAGAAGUUGGACAAGAAGCGGCUGAAGAAAAAAAAGGGGGAGCAGAUGGCUCUUUUAGAAAAGGAAAUCCUGGAGAAAGUCAAUAGCCCUUUCAUCGUGACCCUGGCCUAUGCCUUUGAGAGCAAGUCCCACCUGUGCCUGGUCAUGAGCCUGAUGAACGGGGGGGACCUCAAGUUCCAUAUCUACAACGUGGGGGAGCGGGGCCUGGCCAUCAACAGGACCAUCUUCUACUCGGCGCAGAUCACCUGUGGAAUCUUGCACCUCCACUCUAUUGGCAUCGUCUACCGGGACAUGAAGCCCGAGAACGUCCUUCUGGACGACCACGGAAACUGUCGGCUGUCUGACCUGGGACUGGCUGUGCAGAUCAAAGAGGGCAAGCCCAUCACCCAGAGGGCUGGAACCCAUGGUUACAUGGCUCCAGAAAUCCUGAAGGAAGAGGAGAGUUAUUCCUAUCCUGUGGACUGGUUUGCAAUGGGAUGUAGUAUUUACGAAAUGGUGGCUGGGCGAACGCCGUUCAAAGAUUACAAGGAAAAGGUCAGCAAAGAAGAUUUAAAGCAGAGAACCUUGGAACAGGAGGUCAAAUUCCAACACGAAGGCUUCACAGAAGAAGCCAAAGACAUUUGCCGUCUCUUCCUGGCCAAAAAAGCAGAGCAGCGCUUAGGAAGCAGACAAGAAGGGGAUGAUCCAAGGAAACACGCUUUCUUCCAAACCAUCAAUUUCCCCCGAUUGGAGGCUGGCCUCGUCGAGCCUCCUUUUGUGCCGGACCCCUCGGUGGUGUAUGCCAAAGACAUCGCCGACAUUGAAGACUUCUCUGAGAUCAAGGGGGUAGAAUUCGAUGACAGAGACAGAAAGUUCUUUAAAAAAUUUGCAACAGGAGCUGUUCCCAUAGCUUGGCAAGAAGAAAUUAUAGAGACAGGACUGUUUGAAGAACUCAACGACCCCCAUCGAUUGUCAGGCUGUCCAAAUGGCAGCCAAAGCUCCAAGUCUGGGGUGUGUGUGUUACUGUAAGCUUUGACCCAAUGCUGGGAGGCUUCCGAUGCUGGGAAAAGCUCUUUGGUAGGGUCUGAUCCAUGAGGAGUGUUUCACGGAUGGUGCAACUAGCCUGCCUGUGAGGUCCCAUUUGGAAAUGACUUUGAAGUCUACAAAUCACCUGCUAGCAACCCUAGGAAGUGGGUAGAAGAGCUACAAGGGCCAUUUUGUUUUUUGUUUUUUACAAAUAUCUCCCAAGUUCAACAAUUUGUCUAUGGCGGAUAGAACCAAUAGUUUUCUGAGGUCUGAAUCACACCCAGGUCUUCUGAAUCAAAGUCUAGCACUUACAGCAUCUCUGAAGGAAAGGAGGCUGAGCCCAAGUUAGAAGAGGGAGCCAGUGGCAGGCUAUGAAUUUGAACCCACAUCCCCUGACUCCCAGGCCAGCACUUGGCUAUGCUUCUCUAGAAGAAGAUCAUGUCAGCCCAUUGAAAGGGAGAACACAUUUGAAAAGCACUUAGCAAAAUACUUGGCACCUGGGAGGCACUAGAUAAUUGCUUUUUCCUUUCCACUACUAGAUAGAAUAUAUGCGUUUUGGUUUGGGGUUCACAAAGUCAGAAGAGAUGCCCAUUUUUAGGGAAAGCUUGGAAAAGGAACAUUUAGGUUUAUUUUGAUAAACUAGAAAAGUAUGAGUGCUCUGCCAUCAUGUCCCAAUGAAUUACGCCAAGUCCCUGGAACAGAGAAUGGAACUUUGUGGUGUGUUCUGAAAAUGACCAUUUGCAAUUCUUGGUAAACACUCAGUUUUGUUUUGUUUUGUUUCCCCUCUUCAUCUCUCAGGUUUUUCUUAUUCUGUAAGUUUAU